AACCAUCGGCCAAAGCGCUGACUGCCGCCAGACUCUCGAGUCCGACAAGUACGUUUGCGUGCGCCAGGUCAACAACGAGGCCAACACCCCCGCCGAGACCGUCAUCAUCGAUUUGAAGAACACAAACAAUGUCAUCCGCAGGCCGAUUCGCGCAGACAGUGCGAUCAUGCACUUGACUGAGCCCAUCAUUGCUCUGAAGGCGCAAGGUCGGACGCUGCAGCUCUUCAACCUCGAGACAAAAGAGCGCCUGCAGACAUACAGCCAUCAGGAGGACAUCGUGUUCUGGAGGUGGAUCAGCCAGACUACGCUUGCGCUGGUCAGCUCGAAGGCUGUAUACCACUGGGAUGUGCUGGAGUCGAAGACCUCGACACCACGCAAGAUCUUCGACCGCCAGGAGCAGCUCGAGAACAACCAGAUUAUCAACUACGUAACAAACGACGAUGAGAGCUGGUCUUGUUUGGUGGGCAUUGCGGCGGGUCCCAAUGGAGGCAUCCGCGGCAACAUGCAGCUGUUCUCCAAGGCGAGGAACGUCAGCCAGCCUCUCGAAGGUCACGCAGCCACCUUCGGCACACUCCGUCUCGACGGCGCGACAACAGACACCAAGCUAUUCGCUUUCGCUGUUAAGUCCUCCACCGGCGAGGCCAAGAUCAACAUUGUCGAGGUCGACCACGCUGCGUCCAACCCGGCUUUCCCUAAGCGACUGAUCCCGAUUCACUGGCCCGCCGAGGGUACUGGCGACUUCCCGCUCGGCAUCCACAUUGCGCACAAGUACGGCAUUCUCAUCGUAAUCACCAAGUUCGGUUUCAUUCACUUGCACGAUCUUGAGACCGGUACCGCUCUGUUUUUGAACAGGAUUUCGGAAGAAACCGUCUUCACCACCGCACGCGACGAUGAGGGCACAGGUGUCGUUGUUAUCAACAAGCGUGGACAGGUGCUGCACACAACUAUCCGCGAGGACACUUUGAUACCCUACAUUAUGGAGAACCCAGCGUGUGCGGAGAUCGCCUACAAGCUCGCGUCCAAGGGCGGUCUUCCUGGUGCAGACAACCUGUACAAUCAGCGAUUCGAGCAGUUGAUGAGCCAGGGCAACUAUUCUGAGGCGGCAAAGGUCGCUGCCAGCUCGCCUCGUGGUUUCCUUCGCACAAUGAACACCAUCAACCGCUUGCGCUCGGUUCCUCAGCAGCCUGGCCAGAUCACUGUUCUUCUACAGUAUUUCGGCUCGCUGCUUGACAAGGGUGGCUUGAACCGCGAAGAGACAUUGGAGUUGGCCCGCCCCGUUUUCGCGCAGGGGCGCAAGCACCUUAUCGAGAAAUGGCACAAGGAGGGCAAGCUUCACUGCUCUGAGGAGCUUGGUGAUCUUGCUAAGCCCCACGAUUUAAAUCUGGCUCUGGCUAUCUACAAGGAGGCCAAUGUUCCCCAGAAGGUCGUUGCUUCUCUUGCCGAGCUUGGUCACUACGACAUGAUCGUUCAGUACUGCAACUCUGUCGGUUACACCGCUGACUACAACGUUCUCCUGCAGCAUGUAAUCAGGUCGAACCCUGAGAAGGGAUCUGAGUUUGCCAUUCAGCUUGCAAAGAACGAGGGCGGCCCACUCAUCAGCACCGACCGCGUUGUGGACAUUUUCCAGUCUCAGGGCAUGAUUCAACAAGCCACUGCCUUCCUUCUGGAUGUGCUUUCCAACGAUCGUGAAGAGGAGGGUCACCUGCAGACGAAGCUGCUCGAGAUGAACUUGCUCAAUGCACCUCAGGUCGCCGAUGCCAUCCUUGGAAACGAGAUGUUUCACCAUUACGACAAGGCCCGCAUUGCCUCCCUUUGCGAGAACGCUGGACUUCUCACACGUGCGUUGGAGCACAAUGAUGAUCCUGCGACCGUCAAGCGCAUUAUCGUACAGACCGACAAGCUGCCAGAGGAGUGGUUGAUCAACUACUUUGGCCAGCUCACAGUUGAGCUCUCGCUGGAGUCCCUGGAUGCUAUGCUCACAACAAACAUCCGCCAGAACCUGCAAGCUGUGAUUCGCAUUGCGCAGAAGUACUCGGAUCUGCUUGGUGCAACCCGUAUCAUCGACCUUCUUGAGAAGCACCGUACAGCUGAAGGCUUAUACUUCUUCCUUGGAUCCAUCGUCAACGUCAGUGAGGACCCGGAUGUUCACUUCAAGUACAUCGAGGCCGCCACAACCAUGGGCCAGCUGAACGAAGUUGAGCGCAUUUGCCGUGAGAGCAACUUUUUGAACGCCGAAAAAGUUAAGAAUUUCUUAAAGGAAGCCAACCUGACCGAGCAACUGCCUCUGAUCAUCAUUUGCGAUCGCUUCAACUUCAUCCAUGACUUGGUUCUGUACCUGUACAAGAAGCAGCAGUUCAAGUCCAUUGAGGUCUACGUACAGCGCGUCAACCCCGCCAGGACUCCUCAGGUUAUUGGAGGUCUGCUCGAUGUCGACUGUGACGAGAGCAUCAUCAAGGGCCUCCUGGCUUCGGUCACACCCUCCUCGAUCCCUAUCGAUGAGCUCGUCGCUGAGGUAGAGUCGCGCAACCGCCUCAAGCUUCUCUUGCCCUUCUUGGAGCAGACCUUGGCUGCUGGAAAUCAGCAGCAGGCCGUCUACAACGCCCUGGCUAAGAUUUACAUCGAUUCUAACAACAACCCGGAGAAGUUCCUGAAGGAGAACGACCAGUAUGACACCCUGACCGUUGGUAAAUACUGCGAGAAGCGCGACCCCAACCUUGCGGUCAUCUGUUACUCUAAGGGCCAAAAUGACCUUGAGCUUGUCAACAUCACCAAUGAGAACGCUAUGUUCAAGGCUCAAGCUCGUUACCUGCUUGACCGAGCCGAAUCUGAGAUCUGGGACUUUGUUCUGAGCGAUAACAACAUGCAUCGCCGAUCCUUGGUCGACCAAGUCACAUCUGUAGCUGUGCCUGAAUCUACCGACCCUGACAAAGUCAGUGUUGCUGUCAAGGCCUUCAUUACCAACGACAUGCCCGCUGAGCUCAUCGACUUGCUCGAGAAGAUCUUGCUCGAGCCCACGACCUUCAGCGACAACCCAUCUCUGCAGAACUUGCUCAUGCUCACCGCAUGCAAGUCCGACCGUGGGCGCGUAGCUGGGUACAUCCAGCAACUCGAGGCGUACACCCCUGAAGACAUCGCGCAGCAGUGUAUCGAGGUUGGCAUGUAUGAUGAGGCCUUCGAGAUCCACAAGAAGCACGGUCAGCACGUCGACGCCGUCAACGUCCUGGUUGAUCACAUUGUCAGCAUCGAUCGUGCUCAAGAAUACGCGGACCGCGUUGACGAACCGGAAGUUUGGAGCAGAGUCGCUAAGGCCCAGCUGGAUGGUCUUCGUGUCACUGACUCGAUCGAGUCUUACAUCCGCGCUGGAGACGCAUCAAACUUCCUUGAAGUCAUUGAAGUUGCCACCCACGCGGGCAAGGACGAGGAUCUGAUCAAGUUCUUGAGGAUGGCUCGCAAGACUCAGCGUGAGGUUCCCAUUGACACCGCCCUGGCUUUCUGCUUUGCUCGCACCAACCAGCUGCCAGAACUUGAGGAAUUCCUUCGUGGAACUAAUGUUGCCGAUGUCGAAGCAUCUGGAGACAAGGCUUACGAGGAGGGCUACCACGAGGCGGCCAAGAUCUUCUUCACCAGCAUCUCCAACUGGGCCAAACUUGCCACCACUCUCGUGCACCUCGAAGACUACCAGGCCGCCGUUGAGUGUGCGAGGAAAGCGAACAGUGUUAAAGUCUGGAGACAGGUCAACGAGGCCUGCGUUGCCAAGAAGGAAUUCCGUCUUGCUCAGAUUUGCGGUCUCAACCUCAUUGUUCACGCCGAAGAGCUUUCCGAGCUCGUCAAGCAGUACGAGCGCAACGGCUACUUUGAUGAGCUCAUCGCGCUAUUGGAGGCUGGUCUAGGUCUCGAGCGCGCCCACAUGGGUAUGUUCACCGAGUUGGGCAUUGCUCUUGCCAAGUACCACCCUGAGCGCGUCAUGGAGCAUCUCCGCCUGUUCUGGUCCCGCAUCAACAUCCCCAAGAUGAUUCGGGCCACCGAGGAAGCUCACCUGUGGCCCGAACUUAUUUUCUUGUACGUCCACUACGAUGAGUGGGAUAACGCAGCUCUUGCUAUGAUGGAGCGCGCAUCCGACGCUUGGGAGCACCAGGCUUUCAAGGACACCAUCACCAAGGCCUCCAACGUUGAGAUCUACUACCGCGCACUGGGCUUCUACUUGGAAGAACAACCCACCCUGCUUACAGACUUGCUGCAAGCGCUUGCUCCUAGGAUCGACGUCAACCGUGUUGUCCGCAUGUUUUUGAAGUCGGACAACAUUCCUCUCAUCAAGCCCUUCCUCCUCAACGUUCAGUCUCAGAACAAGCGUGAGGUCAACAACGCCCUCAACGACUUGUUGAUUGAAGAGGAGGAUUACAAGACACUGCGCGACUCGGUCAACAACUACGACAACUACGAUGCCAUGGAGCUUGCCCAGCGUCUUGAGAAGCACGAGCUGGUCUUCUUCCGCCAGAUCGCGGCAGACAUCUACCGCAAGAAUAAGCGAUGGGACAAGAGCAUUGCCCUCUCAAAGCAGGACAAGCUUUUCAAGGAUGCCAUCGAGACGUCUGCGAUUUCCCAGAAGUCCGAGAUUGUGGAGGAUCUACUCCGCUACUUUGUCGAUAUCGGUAGCCGCGAGUGCUACGUGGGUAUGCUCUACGCUUGUUACGACCUCAUUCGCCCUGAUGUCAUCUUGGAGAUGUCAUGGCGUAACGGUCUUCACGACUUCACAAUGCCGUACAUGAUCAACCUCUUGUCCCGCCAGACUGCGGCCAUCGAGCUGCUGACCAAGGACAACGAAGAGCGCAAGGCUCGCGAGACAUCACAACAGAAGAAGGAGGACGACACUCCGAUCCUCGGCUCGCGCCUCAUGCUUACGCAAGGCCCCAUUGCUUCUGCGCCAUCUCCCGGCCCUUACGGCCAAGCUAACGGGAUCGCACCGCAGCCAACCGGUUACCGGGGCUUUUAGAAUGACCAACAGUGUUAGAUGAGGUUGAUGGUCUCGCAUGAAGGAAAUGACCAAGGGUUGCUUUCGAUCUACAUAUUGAUCUUUGGUGGGGCAUGCAAAAGCGACUGCAGUCCUGGUUAGUCGGCAGCGAUGUACUCUAAAGGCGUUUAAUGGAGGUCUCAUGGUCUGCAUUGGUACCAGGCAUUUUCAGGCCAUG